CUGUGAAGGGAGGAUGGUUCUGUGGUAGGCUUGUGGUUUUACAGCUUAAAAAAAAAAACGGACAGAGAGCCCCGGACUUCCUGAUUGCCGCUGCUCACACAGCUCACUUCAGAGAGGGCUUUUUAAGAGAUCUUGCUCUCAGCCGUCAAAGGAGCAACACAACAAACCUUUCAUCUUAUCUGGAGCUCGCUUGGUAAGAUGUUGCAAACGCCGCUCUUCGCUGUCAUUCUGCUGAUCAAUCCUACCUGCAGGGAGGCCAUUGGAGACAUGAACAUAUGUUACAUCCUGGAUGGGAUUCUCAUCCUUUACGGCAUCAUUCUCACCGUCCUGUACUGCAGACUAAGGAUGAGUCCAGCCAAGACGCCUGACAAUCAGUAUGAGAAGCAGCCCGCAGAGGGAGGCAUCUAUGCGGUGAGACUUCUCAUUCUAAUGCUUAAAAAGACUUUUAAAAAGGCACAUGAUGGAAAAGUGACAGCUUACCGCAAAGCGGACGGGUCUGACUUCCCACAGUACUGACACCUACGAGACCAUCAAAAUGGACAAAAAGCCUAUCGUCUGAUAAAGGAACAUUCGGUGCAGAGUAGAUGCUGAGCACAGAAACAGCGUUGGGUCUCUUAAAGCUUUAUACUGUAUAUUUAGUGAGCUGAUUUAUAGUUAUAUAUGCCUUUUCUUCUCCCUUUUUUAUUUUAUUUUUGUAAAAUACGUUUGCUUCUAAUCUUUGUGUCAUGCAUGCAUGAAAUGUUCAAAUUAAAUUAUUUAAGAAUUUACUAAUAAAGGCUAUGUCCGUGUGUUUUGGCUGCA